AUGCCAUCAGUCGUCCGAAUCAAUCAUCCACCGCGGCUGUAUCCGGCUGCCCAACCUGGCAACAUCUCAAGGCCGCCUCUCGGCCAUGGCCCGGCAGAGGCCCAGGCAGGGAUGAGCUGGCCAUCACCUCCGCCCCGGCUUCGCAAUGUCAUUAACCACGCCAUUUGCCGAGUGCCAUCGCCCAGCCUAUCUGCCCGGUCAAACGCGGCCGCAUUGUCGCAGAUACACUACCCAUGCCCUUACGUACCGUUCAAUGGGCUGGCACUCCACAAACCUUGUACGCGCGCCGCUUGA